CAGCUCGAGGAAAAGGGUUUUAUUGCGCGCGGGAAGAGCUGCGCACCAGCUCAGCGUUUGUUGUUGCUCUGAUGUUAUUUUUUUGCAGUGCUGUUGCGUUGUGCUGCACUUUGUUGUGGUCUCACGGUGCUUUCAUUUCGCUGUCGAUACAGUCGGUCGUUUCAGUGCAAUUUCUUGUUAAAAGUCAUAGUUAUACAGAUACUAACUACCCCAAAGGAUAAUAUUAAGUAGGCAGUAGUUAUAGUUGAAGGAAAAACUAGUGUGUUUUGAUGACUGUUUAAGUCUUUCAAUGACCUUUUGUAGAGGUGCACAGUGAAUGCCUUGGUAGUUAUAUGUAAUUUUUUUAAAAUUAAUUAUUUUUAUGAACUGCUUGAAAAGAUUUUGCUCCAAAACCUGAGUAUGUGCUUUAUGAAGGUACAGGGUAAGGAUGGAGGAUGGUGGUCGAAGACUCUCUGUUUCUUUUUAAGCAUAUUUUGCAUUUUCCAGUUUCACCUGUGUUUGAGGGGGUUUGUUGAGACAUGUUGUGGUUCUUGUCCUGGCUGUGAUAUGUGGCUGCCUGUCAUGACAUUACAGUGUUUGGUACUGCCAGAGAUCUGACUUCUGGCUUCAUAGCAGUAUUAGCCCCUGACUUUUCCUGAAGAUCCAAAGUUUCUGCUCCGUGAUUUCCAUUUGAGUCCCAGGGCUCUCUAAACAAAUGAGCCUCUGAGCUCCUUUUUUAGGCAAACCCCUUUUCUCUGCUGUCCAAGUUGUUUUUUUCCACAGCACCGUGGGAAACUUCUUCCAAAUGUGCUUAUCAAGCCCAGUUACAGACGUGACUGUUUUUUCUGGCAUUCAGAAACCAAAUACAAAACACCUUUACAAAGGUGCACAGGGAAGCAGCCUCACCUCAUGCUUUCAAGUUUGUCAAGAGGCCUCUGAUUCACCGCUGGUGUCUGCCAGGAGGAACAGCUCAGUCCAGCUGGAGUCAGGAAAAAUCCACAGGCUGCAGGUUUCCUGUUAAAGACUCACGUGCAGGUGAAAAUUUGGUGUUGCCUUAACGUGUGCAAACAGAGAUUUGGCUGGGGGGUUUGUUAAGGACAUGCAGAGAUGAAUGGGACAAAGCAGAUUGCCCAGACUGAAUGCAGGGAUGAGUAGGAACAAGUGUUUCAUUUCUAUCUGCAGUUCAUACAGGAUGAUGUUCCAGGUGACACAGAUGUCCCUCUGGGGCAUGGUUAACGUGAUUAGAAGCAGUGGGUAUGCUCAGCUCUGGGGAGGAGUGAGGGGCAGGGGCUGUGUGUGAAUUGUAGCCUUAAGGUUUUGAGAGGUCAGAGAGUUUAGACACCUGGCCUGUCCAGCUCUGUCUGUGUCAAACACCUGCAGCAGUGAACUGAGAACAGUUGCUGUGUUUGUUGGUUGGGUGCUUGAGGAGACCAGCCCCAGCACAGCUUGGAUACUGUGGGGUGAAACAGUGCAGGAAGUGGCAGUAAACAUCUGUGGGGUAAGGAGGGGUUGGUAGAUGUGAGCAGAGGUUUGCAUCUAGAGAGAUUUAGGCCUGUGUGGACAGGAACUGGGUUGGUAUUUGGACAUAAAGUCCUGGAGCUUCUGCUUUUGGUCCUGUUGAUAGAAAGCCCAGCUCAGGGUGGCGAGGCGGUGACACCGUUCUGAGCACACACAGUUGACUCACAGCAGUGCUUCCAGCUCCCUUAGGAGGCCAGCAGGCCAGCUUCUGUCUCACAGCACACACUUUCCAUCCAUAAAACACCUUACCUCUGACUGUGCUAGCCCUGUGUGAGGAUUGUCAGCAGAAAAGGGUGGAAAAAGGUUUUGUGAAGCCUCUGUUAAAAAUAUGUGUAUGCUGUACUUUUAUCAGUAGCUGUUGUGUUUUUCCCUGUUGUGGCCACAGCCAGUCUCGGCCAAACCUACAGAACUCUCUGACUGGGAAUAAGAAAAGCUGUGGUCACAUGGGAUUGGAAUCGUUUGAUAAUCUGAGGUCAAUUGUUAUUUAGUCUAAUGAAGCAUGGAAGCAAGGUUUGAGAACUUCAAGUCCUGUUUUCUGAGAGCAACGCUGAAAAGUACUCAUGCUAAAACUGGUUGUAGAUAAGUCCAGUUGUUGGUGAAAAGUUGGACCUGGAGGAUCCAUAAUCUCUGCAAAACCUUCCCUUCACUGAGCACUCACUCUUGGAGUGGAGCUGAUUUUCUGAGUUAUGCUCACUUGAGCUGAGAAGUGUGGGAUAGGAACUGAGACAGUGUUCACUUAGAAAGAGCCUUACUAGGCUGGCUUGCCUUAUUCUGUACUGCUUCUAUUUUUCCAUUUACCUUUUCCUCUGUUACUUUGAAUUGUGACUCUCCCCUGGAUGACAGGAAAAUAUUUACUGAAGGUGUGUAGAGUCUCAAUGUUUGUAAAUGGCCCUGUGUCCCUGUCUGCCCUGGGAAAGGACUAGAACAGAAUGGUGGACACUCACCUUUAAAGUGGAAACUCUUCUCUCAUUAGAAAAUUCAGUUGCACUUUUGAAAGUGUUAAUUUCAAAUUGUUUCAUUGUUGAUUUCAAGUUGUUUGCAGUCACUGUGAAGUGUCCAUUUCCUAUAAACCUUGAAAUGAUGAAACUCUUUAUUUGUUGAUCUCCAGUGUUGUAUCUGCUAUGGGUCAUAUUUGGAAGCCAAAUUGUGCAGCUCACAGGAGGCUGACACAGUGGGUUAAUAGAGUAAUCACUGGCAUAGUGAGAAGAAUUUGUUCUGGAAUACUUUUCUGCAAGAUCAGCUGGAAAUGCUGUUGCCCUGUGGUCUGGGAUGGUGUUGCUGUGUGGCAGGGAUGGCUCUGUGGUAACUGUGGGGUAUUCCUCACAUUUGUGCUUAGGAGGGACAUACACAAUGUGAUCCUUCCUUGGGUUUGGCUGCUGAGAUUCCUCAACAUCAGUCAUGCUCAGGAUUGCUCGUUGUGUCCUGUUUUGGUGGGUCAUUCUAGGGCCUCUCACUGUAGUGCUGCCCAGAUACCCAGAUAUGGACAGCAUGAUCCUCUGGUGCAGAGUUUUGGGCAAGGAGGAGGGUGGGAAAGUCUGUGUGUGUUAACAAUGAUGACAGUGAGAGGCUGGGCAGGAAGGAGCUGGCAGUGAUGUUGGUGCUGUGGGAGGACAGAGAACAGCCUCGGUGCUUUGGGGCUGCUGGGAGCAGUUCCAUGGAGCCCUGACCCUGCUCCUCAGCCUGCACAGAGUUACUGAGGAAGGAAUUUGGGAUGGGGUGUGAUCUUCCCAGCUGUGCAGCACAGCCUGGCACCCAGGCUGAGUGACACAGGUGAGCUCCAGAACAAAUGAAAAAGAAACAAAUCGUAGCUCUUUUCUUCAAUGGUAGCUCCUAAAUCCACUGUAAAUGCAGUGCUUUGAAGGUCAUUAAUCCACACUUCUGUCAUGAAACAAAACAAAGCACAAUGACAGCCACCUCUGCAGAGCCUGUGCAGCUGGGACUGUGCCCUUCCAGCUGUGGAUGUUCCUGAAGUGCUGCCACAGCUUCCAAAGAGUUUUUAAUAAGUAUUCAGAAGAAAAGAUUGAACUCAGCCUAGUGGGAGAAUCUACUGUUUGCUCUUCGGUUUGGCAAAUGAAAAGUAACAAUUUGGUGGUAAAUAGUACAAACAGUCCCACUUCCUCUUCCCAGAACAGGAGUGGGUUGGGGUUUUUGACCUUGCUGUGCAACCCCACGUGCUGCUCCACAGAUCUGCACCCCCUGACAGUGACACUUGUGUUGGUUUGCUGGCUGAUGUGCAGAGCUGUGGAGGGAGGGAUGAUUUCAUGGCCCUGAAGUUUAAAAGUUCCUGCAAUGAGAAAAUUCUGCUGCAGAGCCCUGAAUUGCUUACAGUGACAGACAUGCCCGAGUCAAUCUUACAGGGCAGUGAAGAUAAGGACGAACAUAAAUUUAAUCUAAGUGUGAAGAUAAUCAAAAAACAUCACCCCAAAACAUCCAGCACAAAUCUGAUCAAGUUCUUGUUCCUGCUGGAACUUCAGUUACUUUUUGCAGUCUUGGAGGAAGGAAGUUGUCAGUGUUAAGAAAGCUUUUAGCUAAAGUACUGAGCUGCUUGGCUUUGGGAGGGUGAGAACUGUGUGUGGGCAGGGUUUAAUGGAGGUUCCCUUUAGAAGAAGUGUCUGUGGGAUGCAUUAAUGUCAUUUCUAACCCUGAGCAAAAGGGCACAGUAACCCUUCUGUGUGCCCACACAGGCAGAACAAAUACCAUGGGGCCGUGUUUGCUUUGGAAGGGCUGAACUAACCUUGUGGGAAGCAAACUGGUGUUUCUUACCUGCAGGUCAGGUCACUGUGUGUUGCUUCUUGUUGAUCAUUGAGCUGUUUACAUGAAUGCCAAAGCCUUCUCCGAGCCUGCAGUUGAGUUUUGGAAGUCUGACUUUGACUGAGUCUGAUUUUGGUGGUUUAAUAUGCACUGGAAAGUUGAAGGCCCUAUGAGAAAAAGGGAAAGCUAAGGAUGCUGGAGCAGAACAAUGGAUUUCUCUUUCUCUUUCAUGCAAGGGAUCAUGGGAAACACAAUUCAGCAACCACCUCAACUCAUUGACUCCGCCAACAUCCGCCAAGAGGAGGCCUUUGAUGGCAGCAGUGACAUUGCUGAGGAUGGGGGCCGGACACCGUACGAGGCUGCGCUGCAGCAAGGCUUCCAGUACCCCACGCCCACGGCAGAGGAGCUGCCCCCGCUCACCAACGGCUACCCCAGCAUGUACGAGCCCCAAGCCAAAUACCAGACGUACACUCAGUAUCCCAAUGGGUCGGCCAAUGGCUUUGGGACAGUCAGGAACUUCAGUCCCCCGGAGUAUUACCCCAUGGAGAACUCCAAUGCGAGGCCGCAUGACGUUCUGGAAAAACCUUCCCCUCCCCAGCUGCCUCCUCCGCCACCACCUUCAGCUCCACAAGUGGGGAUUCCAAAGAAGACUGGCUCACCAGAGAUCAAACUCAAAAUAACCAAAACUAUCCAGAAUGGCAGGGAAUUGUUUGAGUCCUCCCUGUGUGGGGACCUGUUGAAUGAAGUCCAAGCGAGGGAGUAUGCUAAGGCAAAACAUGAAGGGAGGAAAGAGAAAAGGAAAAAAAGUAGCAAGCAUGACUCUUCCCGAUCGGAAGAGCGCAAGUCACACAAAAUUCCAAAAUUAGAACCAGAGGAGCAAAAUAGACCAAACGAGAGGCUUAGCACACUCUCUGAGAAACCAAGGGAAGAUGCAGUGUUGGAAGAAGCCCCGGUGCAGCAGCUCGUGCCGUCCCUCCCAGUGCAGGUCACCCACGACGUCAAGUUCCAGGUGGGGGAUCUGGUCUGGUCCAAGGUGGGGACGUACCCGUGGUGGCCUUGCAUGGUGUCGUGUGACCCGCAGCUUGACGUGCAUACCAAAAUUAAUACAAGAGGUGCCCGGGAAUACCACGUGCAGUUCUUCAGCAACCAGCCAGAGCGGGCCUGGGUGCACGAGAAGCGCGUCCGGGAGUACCAAGGGCACAAACAGUACGAGCAGUUACUGGCUGAGGCAGCCAAGCAAGCCAGCAACCACUCUGAGAAACAGAAGAUUCGCAAGCCGCGGCCGCAGAGGGAGCGAGCGCAGUGGGACAUUGGCAUUGCCCACGCCGAGAAGGCGCUGAAGAUGACCCGGGAAGAGAGGAUAGAACAGUACACCUUCAUUUACGUAGACCAAGAGCCAGAGGAGGCUUUGGCCAAGGCCAAAAAGACUGCUGCUUCCAAAUCAGAGGCCAGGAAGAGCCGGCGGCCGAGGCCAGCGCCGAGCACGCAGCCGGAGCACGCCGGCGGCGCGGCGGGGUCAUCGCCCUCGCACGUCGAGGCGCGCAGGCUGGGCCAGCGCCGGCAGCCCAGCCUGGAGGAGGAGGAGGCACCACCUGUGAAAAUCGCCUGGAAAACAGCUGCAGCUAGGAAGUCCCUACCAGCUUCCAUAACCAUGCACAACCUGGAUCUGCAAAAGUGUAACAUGUCUCCGGUUGUUAAAAUUGAACAGGUUUUUGCCCUUCAGAAUGCUGCUGGGGAUGGAAAACUCAUCGACCAAUUUGUUUAUUCCACCAAGGGAGUUGGUAACAAAACAGAAAUAAGCGUCAAAGGACAAGAGAAACUGAAUUCUUCAUCAGCUCAGAGAAGUGAAAAAGCAGUGGUGCAAAACACAUCCUCUCCUGAGACGACUUCUGGGGCAGCAGGUUCUGUAGAAAAGAAGCAACAGAGAAGAUCGAUUCGAACCCGCUCUGAGUCUGAGAAAUCUGCCGAAGUUGUGCCAAAGAAGAAGAUCAAAAAGGAGCAGGUUGAAACUGUCCCACUGGCAGCAGUGAAGACGGGGUUGCAGAAAGGUGCCAGUGAGAUUUCAGACUCCUGUAAACCCUUAAAGAAGAGAAGUCGUGCCUCCACAGACAUGGAACUGACCAGCUCAGCCUACAGGGACACGUCUGACUCUGAUUCCAGAGGACUCAAUGAUUUACAGGGCAGUUUUGGGAAGCGUUCAGACAGUCCCUCAGCCACUGCUGAUGCCGAUGCCUCAGAUGUGCAGUCAGUGGACUCCAGCUUAUCCAGGAGAGGAACUGGAACAAGUAAAAAAGACACUGUUUGUCAGAUCUGCGAGAGCUCCGGCGAGUCGCUGCUGGCCUGCGAGGGGGAGUGCUGCAGCAUGUUCCACCUGGAGUGUCUCGGCCUGAAGGCCACACCUGAGGAAAAGUUCAUCUGCACUGAGUGUAAGAAUGGAGAGCACACGUGCUUUUCCUGCAAGCUCCCUGGCAAGGACGUGAAGCGCUGCUCUGUCAGCACCUGCGGGAAGUUCUACCACGAGGCCUGUGUGCGCAAGUUUGCCACGGCGCUGUUCGAGUCCCGCGGCUUCCGCUGCCCGCAGCACUGCUGCACCGCCUGCUCCAUGGACAAGGACAUGCACAAAGCCAGCAAAGGUCGCAUGGCGAGAUGUCUGCGUUGCCCCGUUGCCUAUCACUCAGGAGACGGCUGCAUCGCUGCAGGAAGCUUGUUUGUGUCAUCCCAUAUCCUCAUCUGUAGUAACCAUUCCAAAAGGACUCACUCCUCAUCAGCUGUAAAUGUAGGCUUUUGUUUCGUUUGUGCAAGAGGGCUGGUAGUGCAGGACCAUUCAGACCCCCUGUUCAGUUCCUAUGCCUAUAAGUCCCACUAUCUACUGAAUGAGUCAAAUCGUGCUGAGUUGAUGAAAUUACCUAUGAUUCCUCCUCCUUCGUCAGCUUCCAAAAAGAAAUGUGAGAAAGGUGGCAAACUGUUGUGCUGUGAGUCCUGCCCAGCUUCCUUCCACCCCGAGUGUCUCAGCAUAGAAAUGCCUGAGGGAUGCUGGAAUUGCAAUGACUGUAAAGCUGGCAAGAAGCUGCGGUACAAGCAGAUCGUUUGGGUCAAGCUUGGGAAUUACAGGUGGUGGCCAGCAGAGAUCUGCAAUCCCAGGUCUGUGCCUCUCAACAUACAGGGCCUCAAACAUGAUAUCGGGGACUUCCCAGUAUUUUUCUUUGGUUCACAUGACUACUAUUGGGUACACCAGGGCAGAGUUUUCCCUUAUGUUGAAGGAGAUAAAAGCUUUGCUGAGGGGCAAACUAGUAUUAACAAGACCUUCAAGAAAGCACUUGAAGAAGCAGCAAAGCGUUUCCAGGAACUGAAAGCACAAAGAGAAAGCAAAGAGGCAUUGGAAAUUGAAAGGAAUUCAAGGAAACCUCCACCCUAUAAACACAUUAAAUCCAACAAGGUGAUUGGGAAGGUUCAGAUCCAGGUGGCCGACCUGUCGGAGAUUCCGCGCUGUAACUGCAAGCCGUCUGACGAGAACCCGUGCGGGCUGGAGUCGGAGUGCCUCAACAGGAUGCUGCAGUACGAGUGCCACCCGCAGGUGUGCCCGGCCGGGGAGCGCUGCCAGAACCAGUGCUUCACCAAGAGGCUCUACCCCGACGCCGAGAUCAUCAAAACCGAGCGCCGCGGCUGGGGCCUCCGCACAAAAAGGAGCAUUAAAAAGGGUGAAUUUGUGAAUGAAUAUGUUGGGGAGCUGAUUGAUGAGGAAGAGUGCCGGCUGCGGAUCAAACGAGCUCACGAGAACAGUGUCACCAAUUUUUAUAUGCUAACUGUAACCAAGGACCGAAUAAUAGAUGCUGGCCCAAAGGGGAACUACUCUCGUUUUAUGAACCACAGUUGUAACCCAAACUGUGAAACACAGAAGUGGACAGUGAAUGGUGACAUCAGAGUUGGACUGUUUGCUCUUUGUGACAUCCCUGCAGGAAUGGAGUUAACAUUCAAUUACAACCUGGAUUGCCUGGGCAAUGGCAGGACCGAGUGUCACUGCGGAGCAGAAAACUGCAGCGGCUUCCUGGGAGUGCGUCCCAAGACAGCAUUUGCAACGGCAAAUGAAGAGAAGGUGAAAAAUGCAAAAUUAAAGCAAAAGAAACGGAAAAUAAAAACAGAACAGAAGCAGAUGCAUGAAGAUAACUGUUUCCAGUGUGGAGAUGGGGGAGAACUGGUCAUGUGUGAUAAGAAGGACUGUCCCAAAGCAUACCACCUCCUAUGCCUUAACCUGACUCAACCACCUUUUGGAAAGUGGGAAUGUCCGUGGCACCAGUGUGACAUCUGUAGCAAUCCUGCCGUGUCCUUCUGUGAGUUCUGCCCCCAUUCCUUCUGUAAGGAUCACGAGAAGGGAGCGCUGGUGCCGUCGGCGCUGGACGGCCGCCUCUGCUGUUCCGCACACGACCCCAAAUCUCCUGUGGCCCCCGAGUACUGGAGCAAGAUCAAGUGCAAAUUGGAAGCACAGAAUGCUGUGGAAGAGGCAAAGGAGUGAAUUUGGUUAAAAACAAACACGGGAGGGGAGAAGAGGGGCAACAGGCGAUGAACUCAGAUUGCAAUGCCACACUUGUCCUUGGAGCCAGCACGUGUGAGCUGGAACGGGACCAUUGACCUGAGCGAGAAGGACCAGGCAGUAGUGUUUGGUUUUUGUUUGGUCUUUCUUUUACCCUUGAAUGUGCUACAGCAGCUCUUACUGUUGGAAACAAGGAGCGUCUUGGCCUUUGAAGAAAACCGUAAACCUUUUGACAGUGAAAAGAAUAUUCUGUUUAAAAUAAUGUUCUUUGGGUGUAGAAAGCAAAACAUAGCCACAUAUUUAUUUAUUUAAUUUUGAAAGGGUUUUGAAGAUCUGGCUUUGAUCAGUCAUCGUGUCUUUAAAAACAAAACAGCGAAGCCAACGUAACUUUUGUGUCUAGUUUAUGGAAAGAGCAAAGCCUCUCCCCUCUGUAACACUGAGAUGCCAAACAGACAGGUGUGGGUGUCAGACCAGGUGGCUCUGAAAUGCCUCUGUUCCAGUACUUAUUGUUAAAGGCAUUGGAGAAGGUAGGUUGUCUCUCAUGUUUACUUACCAAUAUUAUUGGGAAGCUUUUCCUGUGAGAAAUCAGGUGUGUGACUUCUGGGAAGUGCAUAUAACACAAGGUCUGGCAGUGGGGAGAAACGCUGGCUCCUCGCUCCAGAGCUGCCUUGGGUGUCUGCAGACACAUGCAGAAAUUCAGAGUUUACUUGCACAGUGGUCAUUCCUUUAUCCCACCUAUUCUGAAAGCCCAUCCCAAGCAGGAGAGGCUCCCAGCCUCAGUCACAGCUGAAGUCAGUCCUGCCAGUGGGUUCAUCAUCUGCCACAUCUGUGCUGGUUUGGUGGCAGUUCUGAGUGUCAUUCUUCAGUCCUGCCUUCUCAGGCUGCCCUUGGCUUCAGGGGGACGUGGGCACGAGAGGGACCUGACCCACGUCCACGUUGGUUUCCAUGGAAUGUUAAGAUUUUCUUGCUGAGAGAGAGCUUCUAACUUCAAUCUUCAUUGUUAAUGGAGCUGAGGAACAUCUUGGCACUUCCUCAAUGAACAGGGUAUUUUGUGUCUGGGUAAGGGGCCAUAUCCCAGCAGCCAGCUGAUACCUCAGGAGUGGUUCUGUCUUGGAUUUCCUCUGUUAAUCAGAGAGACAGACUCCUUCAGUGAGGCUUUCAGAGAGUGGCUCUCGCUCCAGAAUUUUUGUAGGAAAUCUGUAUUCCUCCAUCUUUUUGUGCAAGGAGCCACGGGGCACUGGUUUCCCCAGGCUGGAGCUAGUUUUGGUGACUCUUCCCCCCAGCCCAUGAUCUUACCAAGCACUGUGUCUCCCCUCCUGCCCUGCUAUAGCGAGUACUUCUGACUUGUGUACUGGUAGUAGCUGCUCCCUGCCAGCCUUUGUUCAUGGGUACUGAAAAUAAUUGAGUGUUGCUGGCAUCUGGCUGAACUGAGCCUUGGAAUUAAGAACCUUGUCUCUAGAAAACUGCUUACAGAAACCUGUGGGAACACGGAAACUUCUCAGAUCUAGAAAAUAGGCUGAAAAAGUCUCUGUGGAAUUCAAAAAUGUCUUGCCUCUGCCUGGUGUCCUCAUCCUCAAAUUGAUGUAAAGGUGGAGUUUUUUGUGUGUGCAAUGGUGGGGUGAUACACUACAGUCCCUGAGCAGCUGCUGUGCUGUGGGCUCUGCCCAGAGCUCCUGCCCACUCCUCUCCUGGGGUGACAGAACCCACAGGUUCUGGGGCACUCCUGGGGCAGCAGCUCUUGGGAUCCCUAAAGCACUUCCUGCUGUGGGCCACGCUCCAGCAGGGUCCAACACUAACCCUGCUGGAAAGCAGUGCUGGAUUUUGGUAUUUUUAAAGAAAAAAAAAUUACAAAAAGGAUUUUAUUUUUCUUAAUGUUUUGUGUGAGAAAUGUCUUUUUUUAAGCUCUUAUUGAGGAUGUUUAACCUUCUCAAAUUCCAAACACAGCUCUUGCUACCACUCUGUAGGACCUGAGGUGUUCACUUUAUAUUAGGCUUGAUAAUGUUCAGUGAUUUUCUCUGAAGUCAGAGCGUUCUGAUAUUGCAGAUAUCAGCUGAUAUAUUAUAUAUAUAUAUGUGUGUGUGUUUGUGUGUGUAUAUAUAUAUAUAUAUCAGGUAUGUUGCUGAUAUCGUGCUGCUGUGUGAGUGCACUGACCUGCUCCCUUCAUUCCGUGUCUGUGGUGACCUGCUGAGCAGGGGGACGUGCUGUGGCAGCACCAGGACACCUUGGGAGCACCAGACAGGAGCCACAGACUGCCAGUGGCCACCCUGGUCAUGCUACAGAGCUGUGCUGGGGCACAGGGAGGGCACAGAAGGUUUAAAACUUGUCAAAUGCUGUGGUGGAGGGUGCUGCUCCUGUGCCACCUGCUGUCCUUGUACACUUUGUGUUCAGACUUCUUAGAGAUGCUUCUUUCUUCCCACCAAGAAAGGAUUCAUAGCAGCCAAUAGCUGGGCUUGGACUCAGAAGGGAAAACAGGAGAGGUUGUUCAGUUUGUGAGCAAACCUCUGAACUGAAGAGAAGGUGAGUCUUUCCAAAAGCUUUAAUGUUGGAUGAGAAAAGGCCAGUUCAGAGGAUCUUGGUGACUGCAGGGGCUGUGCUGAGUGCCAGACUCAGAUGUUAAAAUGCACAUUUUAACCAUGUCUUUGUGAAAUGAGUAACCAGAAUGUAGUUGCUUAGUGCAGUUCCUUUGUAAGGAAAAGAUUGCACAGCUGUUGUGAUGGAUUGGCUUCAGCAGAGUGGGAGGCAGCUGCUGAAUUCAUUUGUGUGGGCUCCAAAACAAGGAAUCUUGGAUAGCUGGGUCAUUUCAUGCAGAGACCUAGAGGAAAUCCACAGAACUGGUGAUUUUGGUGGAGAACUGCAGUGUGCUGUCCCAGCACAUUGUUGUUCCUUCAUGGGAACAGACCAGUACGUUUCUCCCUUUUGUGUUAAGUUUUUGGGGUGGCCCCACACUUCUGGUGACCUCCUGCCUCCAGCUCUGGCCCCUGGGCAGUGCCUGAGCUGCCCUGCCCAGGGAACAUUUGUGGUUUUCUGGAGCUUGUCCUGUGCAGCUGCACCUGGACACGGUGCAGGCAUCCUGCAGCCCUGGGCCACAGGAAUCCAGGAUCAAGAAUUCCACGAUUCCAGUGGUGCAGAGGCUGGUUCCACCAUUCCUGAACACAUAGUGCAAGCUGUUGUAGCUGUCAGAUUAUUGUAUAGACUUGUCCUGUCCAUAGAGUGUUGAAGGCGUUUGCAGCUCAGGAAGGAAAUUUUGUGGGCAAAUCACCUUCUCUGGUCACCACAUGGUCUUGGAGAAUCACUUCAAAUGGAGUAAUAGGGCUGGAACGUGGAUUUUUGGCCUUUCUUCUAAAAAAAACCCCUUCUUUUAUCUUAAUUUCAGGAUAGAAUGGGAAAGACACACUUACUAGACAUAAUUAUCAAUGAGCAUAAAAUCUGUAUAUAUUGAAACUUUACAGAAUUAAGUGGGGGGGAGGGUGGGAUGGGGGUGUCCGACGCUGGUACGGAGAAGUCACUUUAACAUGGAAACCUCUGCCUCAUUGAAUUCAGGGUUUAAUGUACUUGAAGCUCUGCGGUUCCUUUUACAGCUUUUUUUAUUUAUACAUGAUUUUUUGUAUACUGCUUUGAAAAUGUCCUUGACUUCCCCCAAGUUCUUUCCUGCUCCCGCUGUACAGUGGAUCCGUGGCAAACAGGAGGCUUUGGAAGCAGCUGUCUCGGAGGUUCCCCGGGUGUCGCGUGGGAGACGGCAACCUUGGAGCGAUGCUGUCCCUCUGCUUCCCGUUCCCAUCAGCUCUCCCCACCGUUUCUCUUUGUGUAGCAAAAACAUUUGCACUUACGAUACACUCCUACACGUUGGAUGUGUUCCCAGUGUUGUUCUGAGGGAAAAAGGAGAAAAAAACAAGACAAAACAGGAAGAAAAGCAAAGCUGUUCCCUGUGAUACUGUGUGAGCAGCUUAGGUCUGUGUUCCCCUGGGAGGGGUCUCGCCGCUCCAGAGCAGGAGGUAGGGAGCUGGAACUGUGCUUUGCGCAGGGGAUUUCUGUCAUUAAUGUGAAUAAAAAAGGGAAAACGUGUAAGAAUUUGCCAAAGCCAUUCACCACUCCCUGUGCCCCAGGGCUGUUCCCUCCCUGUGCCAGGGGCAGGGGCAGGCGGCUGCCUGGGGUCCCUGGGGAGAUCCCGGCUCUGGGGGGUCCCUGCAGCCCCCACCUUGCAGUUCUCUCUUGCUUUUGGGUCCUGGCCAGGCUGGACGAGCCCCUCCACUCCCUGUUCCAGGCAGAUCUGUGUCUCAUUUCUGGUGUCACUUUGCCGGCCCCCGGGCUGAUCCUGUCCCGUGGGGGUCUGGGGUUUGCGUUCGGGGGACCCGAGGACCCCGAGCCGUUCGUCUCCACGCGAGUGAUGUUGCACAACACAGAUCCCCACGGAUCGCUCUCCAUCCCCACGUGCUCUGUAAGAUGGACCUUUGUAGAGUCGUUAUUUCUGUAGACUUUGUUUAUCUGUAACAAACUUUGUAGAUUCUGUGAAAUGUUAUUUUAAGGAAAUCACUCGAGUCUUUAAUAGCAAAGCAUCGAUAUUCACCGAAGUCGAUUCCGAGGAGUUUUUGGACGCAGAUGCAGCCCUGACACUACCGAGGAGUGUCUGAUUCCACGGGGCAUUACUGUAUCAUGACUUGAUGUUGCCGCAUAGACUUUGAGAUAUCCGAUAUUUUGGGGGGUUUGUGUUGGCCUCUGUCCUCUUGCAUAGUGUGAAGCCUGUAAAGCUGGUUCCCUGUACAUAGAUAGCUCCUGUCCUCUAGGUAGAGCGUAUCGAGACUUGCCUGUAAUAUUUUAGCUUCUUACUGACUGUGUGUGAUGGUAGAACAUGUAAUUUUUGUACAUUCUAUUUACUGAGAUGUUGCCUUUUUUUAAUUUUAUUUUACAAAUACUCUGGAAUUCAGAUGUCGUUUUUUUGGGUUUUGAGUUGUUUUUGUUUUGUUUUUUUUUUUGUUCUUUUGUUUUUGUUUUACCUUUUUUUUUUUCCCCUUUUGCUUUUCCGUGAGGAUUCCUUUGGAAAGGUUUUUAAUGACAUUCCACUGAUCUGAAAUUUUUGCUUGAGGUUGACUUCAAUAAAUCGUUGUGAAUGUUGCA